GAGAGCUCCCCGAACCGGCCGCGAGAAGUGGGGCUCAGGUGUAAGAGGAGUGCAUCCCGUCGGCGCGCGGGGCUAGAGCUCUAGGAGAAGUGGGAUCGCGAGGCCGGUGCGCGGCGCUCUGCACGGUCAAAGGGAGCGCCGGGCGGCAGCGGCGGCAGCAGAGGAGCAGCAGCAGCCCCGGCGCGGCCGCCGCCUCCGUGCCGCCAGGCGCCUCGGCUGCAGCCUCCGAAGGGAGGCCGGGGGAGUCGGCGUGCGCACUUUCCGGCAGACUUUCAGAGUGUUUGUGGAUUUACAUGCCAAGCCAUCAAGAUGAUGUCUAUGAACAGCAAGCAGCCUCACUUUGCCAUGCAUCCCACCCUCCCUGAGCACAAGUACCCGUCGCUGCACUCCAGCUCUGAGGCCAUCCGGCGGGCCUGCCUGCCCACGCCGCCGCUGCAGAGCAACCUCUUCGCCAGCCUAGACGAAACGCUGCUGGCGCGGGCAGAGGCGCUGGCGGCCGUGGACAUCGCCGUGUCCCAGGGCAAGAGCCACCCAUUCAAGCCAGACGCCACGUACCACACGAUGAACAGCGUGCCAUGCACGUCCACAUCCACCGUGCCGCUGGCGCACCACCACCACCACCACCAUCACCACCAGGCGCUCGAGCCUGGCGACCUGCUGGACCACAUUUCGUCGCCCUCGCUCGCGCUCAUGGCCGGCGCGGGUGGCGCGGGCGCGGCCGGCGGCGGCGGCGGCGCCCACGACGGCCCGGGGGGCCUGGCGUCCAUCUGCGACUCGGACACGGACCCGCGCGAGCUCGAGGCGUUCGCCGAGCGCUUCAAGCAGAGGCGCAUCAAGCUGGGCGUGACGCAGGCCGACGUGGGCUCGGCGCUGGCCAACCUCAAGAUCCCGGGCGUGGGCUCGCUCAGCCAGAGCACCAUCUGCAGGUUCGAGUCGCUCACGCUGUCUCACAACAACAUGAUCGCACUCAAGCCCAUCCUGCAGGCGUGGCUCGAGGAGGCCGAGGGCGCGCAGCGCGAGAAAAUGAACAAGCCCGAGCUCUUCAACGGGGGCGAGAAGAAGCGCAAGCGGACUUCCAUCGCAGCGCCGGAGAAGCGCUCCCUCGAGGCCUACUUCGCCGUACAACCCCGGCCCUCCUCCGAGAAGAUCGCCGCCAUCGCCGAGAAACUGGACCUCAAAAAGAACGUGGUGCGGGUGUGGUUUUGCAACCAGAGACAGAAGCAGAAGCGGAUGAAAUUCUCCGCCACUUACUGAGGGGGGUGGGAGGUGCAGGGCGGGGCAGAGCGGGGAGCUGAAGGGGCUUUUCAGGGGCUUUCCCUGAGCCUCUUUCCCCUAGAUUUGGAGUGUCCGUUAUCUUGCUUGCAUUUGGGGAGUCCCUCCUGGCGCACUCCCCGUUACCCCCUCUCUGCUCUCUCUGCCCUUUACCCUCCCCAGAAAAGAGGACUGUGGUGCUGGGUGUGGACACCGGAGAGCCAGGCAGGGGAGAAAGGGGAAAUAUUUGGGUGAGCCGGGGAGUCGAGGGGAAGGAAAGCAGAGACUGGAGGAGGGGUUCUGAGGAGCAGAUUGGUUCUGGGGGUUAGGGUGGGGGGAGACUCGGGAAGAGUAGGGAAACGGACUGUUUUUGACCAGAGACACUUGUCAAAAUCUCCUGGGGACCAAGGGACUAUGUACAAAAACAAACCUACCAACCACCAAAAACCUGACAAAUAAAGACAAACUAAAACAAAACAGAACAAAAAAAAAUGCUUUAGAAACUUAACUCUGGGGAGCCGUAUUCUGCAGCUUCAUUACCCCCUAAGGAAGAGAAAAAAGAGCACCACUAUUAUUACCACCCACCCCAACCCUACAUACAGGAACUCGGUUAAAAAUGGAAAACCAAACAAACCAGAAGGUGAAAUUCUGGGUAGCGAAGCUAGUUGUUCUGUUUCUGUGUUUACUUUCUCCCCCCCAAGUCUCACCUCUGCCCCAUCCAUGUCCUCUUUGAUUUAUUUUCUCCGUCCCAAGGAGGCUGCGAUAGCAGCUCUCCAUUGCCAGAAAGUGAGGGGGGACGCAGCUGCAGGAGAGGGAGGCUAUUCAAGACUCCCAAGUUUUACGGUGACCUGGCCUAUACUCCUGUGGCCUGGUCACUGUCUGGUGGGGAUGUUUAGGGAGAGAGAAGACACACAGUCUUUGAGCUGACUAAAGGGCAGAAUUUAGGGGCUCCGAAAUAAGUAUUUUAUUCUAGGAAAAUAAAACAAUUUAACAAGGUUUUUCUCUUUUCAUUUUUGUCCUGUAUCUAAGAUCUGGAAAACAUUAUUUCGAAAUAAGAUUCCCCCCCACCAUGGAAAUUGCUUGCCCUUUCAUUUAUUUUUCUGAGUGUGGUUUAUUUUAAACUACCUACUGACUUUUCCCCCUAUUGAUUCAAAUACACUGAUGGGGUGGAAGACACUAGGAGAGAUACUGUGCCCCACUUUCUCUCCAGAAGAAGACCCAUCCUGCUCUUCUAGGUACCCUUUCUUUCUCUCUUGGAGAGCAUAAAAUCAUUGAAAUAUAGGAAAGUUUCUGCUUUCAGUUGGAGCAGGACUUGGCUGGGAGAAAAAUCCACUAAACCCCAGAAGAGAGGAAGAGAGGUUUAAAGCCCUCCAUUUGUUUCAAUGGGGUCUGCAUGUUGGGGGGAAGGGGAAGCAGAACAACUGUGUUUCAUUAUUAUUAUUAUUAUUAUUCAAAAGUAAUUUAUUGCUGGGGAUAUAUGUUGGAUAGCAAGAACUUUAAUUUGCACUAUCAGUCUCCCAAAUAGAAAAUCAUUUAUAGUAUUUCAUAGUAAUAAUCAAGGUACUCUAUGAACUGUUGAUGGAUUAAAAAAAAAUGAGACAGUCGAAGGUGGCUAGGUAAAAUGCCUGCUUGGUGCACAAGAUACUCUUGAUCUCGUGUGGAGAUGGUUUAUUACCAUUCUUUAAUAAGAACUAAAAAAUUGAAAGCAGAACAAAUGAAAAAAGGAAAACUCUGCCAUUUAACAAGACUGAAAUCAUGCAUGAUCUGAAAGGUGCAGAAAGAAACACAAUUAGGUCUCACUCUGGUUAGGCGUUAUUUAUUUAAUUACGUUGUAUAUCAUUGUUUGCAGCGCAAACAUACUAUGCAUUUGAAACUGAGCACUAAACUGGGCUAGCUUUCUGAUAGACCGUUUUGUGGAUAGUGUGAUUUCACAGUCUACUGCCUGUUUUCACCGAAAACACAACAUUCUUGUCAUAUUCUUGUAUUUAGAGGGAGAGAAAAAAAGGAAGAUUACUGUAAAUAUUUUCUUUAACGCACACACUCACACAGUGGUUACAAACUGCCAGUGUUAAUCCUGAAAUGUCUCACGGAUUGAUCUACCUGUCCAUGUAUGUCUGCUGAGCUUUCUCCUUGGUUAUGUCUUUGCUCUAUUACCUUUCCCCCUCCCCACUUCUAUUAGAACCAUUUCUAUGCGCCAAAAUACAACAGGGGGAUGUGUCCCAGUACGCUUACAAAUAAAACAUAACUGAAAGAAGAGCAGUUUUAUGAUUUGGGUGCAUUUUUAUUUAUACUGGGCCAAGUCCUGGUAGAGCCGGUCAAAAGAUGAGAUUCAAUUCAACCACAAAUACAGGGGAGGAUAUUGAAAGGGGGAUAAAAAGUGAGAAAGGGGUGAGAACGAUGUAUUUUUCUGCUGAAUCAGAAUUCACUUUCAGAUAACUUAUGUGAAAAGCGGUGCUCUGAAUAAAAUGAAUUCUAUAUUA